AUGGCGUUGUACACCAUCUGUUGUGAGGUCAAGAAACCGACCAAGUCCUUCAUCUACGUGAUGAACCUUGUCGUCUCAGACAGCCUUCUGCUCUUCGCUUUGCCCUUCAAAGUCUACGCCUUCUUCGUCAACAAUGACUGGUCUCGGAAGAUGGGGAAGAAUUUCUGCCGGGUUCUUGAGUCGUUGUGUUUUGUGAACACGUACACCAGCAUCCUGGUGAUCACCCUGAUCUGUGUGGACCGCUACGUGGCCGUCGUGCAUCCUUUCAACGCCAGGACCAUCUCAUCCCCAAGAACGAUCGCGGGGGUCUGCGCUGCGAUCUGGAUUAUCGUGUGUUCGUGUACCCUUCACAUCUACUUUACGAGUCAGUCGGAAUCCUGCUUUUACCACCUCUCCCCUCGCGUCUUGGAUAUUGUAUUCAUUGCCCCUCUCGGCGUUGUGUUUGUGGUCUGCGCCUUGAUUAUGGUCUUAUGUUCCAUUGGGAUUGUCCACAGCCUGAGAGACAGAGCCAGUGAUCCGCGGGACAGGGGCAACGAGAAAUGUACCAAGGUCCUCCUUUCAAAUCUGUUCACCUUUCUCAUCUGCUUCACGCCCUAUCACGCCGCGCUGCUGCUGUACGCUUCCGCUGUGAACGGCUUCAUCUCGGAACAAUAUUAUGAAUGUCUGCGCCACGCUCUACAUUUCACCCUGUACCUGGCCAACGUCAACUGCUGCCUUGAUUCCAUCUACUAUUUCUAUGCCAUCAAGGAGCUGCGGCGGGCAGAGCGAGUAUCCGGCACGGCCGUCCCAAUGGAAGUUGCCGACACAUCAAUGGGCUCGACCGUCAACGAGUUGCGCGACCCUUCUUCGCAUUAA